AUGGGUCCUACUUGGAGGCCCCUCCCCCAGCUCCUUGCCUCGUUGAGGUCCCCUGGUUGCCCCUGGCUGGGGCUGUGUUCAUCACUAUCUCCUGAGGGCCCUGCCCCCACCCCCGGGUUCUCUCUCUGGGGCCUCCACCGGCAGGACCAUUCCAGGGGCUACUGGCUGCCGUGGAGAUCUCACCUCCUAACCGCCCCUGCCUUGGCCCAGCCCAAUUCACUCUGGUGUUUCAUCCAGCGAGGAUGUGUGCUUCCAGUUAUCUGGCAGGGCCGUGCCCCUGGCAGGUCAAGGUUAGGUGGGAGGGCUAGGGGACAGAAGACCUGGACCGAGUGUGCCUACGGAGGGCUCUGGAUCACUUGGAGACCCCCCAACUGGGGCCUUCUGUUUGGGGAACUGAGAUCAGGCACUAGAAAUACUUGCUUGGGGGAGCACCAGGCAGGACUCAUGGGGUAUGGGAGGUCCUGCCAUCAGUGGGCAGAGGGAGCUGGGCAUGGAGGACUGACCCAGUGGGGAAGAUGCAUUUGUGGGGACCAUCCAAGGGAAGGCUUCCCUGGCCUUGCUGGCCUUCUCCUUGCCCUGGACUGUGCUUGGCUGUUGACAUCUGGGGCUGACACACACAUGUGGCGGCUGGUGGGCAGGAGGCAGUCAUCUGGACAUCCAUCACCUUUGACUGGGAAGCACAAGGAGAGGCUUGGCCAACAGGGAGGCCAGCUGAGCCAAUGUGGGGGGUGGGUAAGGACAGUGCUAACCCCUCCUUGCCCCUCUGCACCCCAGGGAAGCCCUGCCCAGGGGCUUUAG